AGCCCCAGGGCUGCGGUGCUGGGUGCCGGUGGGGCUCUGGGGUGCACCUCCCAUGGGGAAGCCACCUGCUCUGGCUCUGCCCAGCCGGGGAGGAGCACCCAGUGCUACCACAGCCCCAAACUGGGGUAACCACAUCCAGAACCAGCAGCUCCGUGGGCAGAGGCUGCGGUGCCAGGAGGGGUGUGGGGAUGGAGUCCUGCAGAGUGACCCCGGCCAUGGGGCUGGGACUGAGCAGGAUGGGGGACAGCCAGGCCAGAGCCAUGAACCUGACCACACACGUACUGAACACGGCCACGGGGCUGCCGGCUGCUGGCCUUGCCCUCAGCCUGGCCCUGCUGCAGGAGCCUGGAUGGAUGGAGCUGCUGCAGAGGUGCACGGACGAGGACGGACGCUGCCAGCUCCUCCUGGCUCCAGGGCAGGCCAAGCCUGGCACCUACAAGCUGCACUUUGAGACAGCAGCAUACUGGCAGUGCCAGGGGCACGAGAGCUUCUACCCCUUUGUGGAGGUUGUCUUCACCAUCACAGACCCGGACAAGAAGCUGCACAUCCCACUGCUGAUCAGUCCCUACUCCUACACAACGUACCGGGGCAGUUAGGGGACAGGCACAGCCUUCCCCCCUCAGGGACAGAGGUUGCUGGGGGGGAAUUAUGCCACCAACAGCAUUAAAGGCUUCAAACAGCA